UGUGCAACUUUGCAAACUAGUUCUUGCGAUUUCAGCCAUGGCCUCUCUCGUUUUGCUAAAGAGCAGCCGCUCUGACCCACCCAGACGGGUCAGAGCGUCUUUCAUGAGAGAUGCGGACUUCGAUGUGAAGGUCUCGGCCUUGUCAACAUCGAGACCUUCGACCAUCGGGAUGGCGACCUCGAGACCUGUCUCCAGACCGAGAUCAUCGAGACCGUCGCUCCGCUGUUGCUCGCUCUCCGCAUCCAGAGGUGCGCUCGUGAUCACGUCGCUCUCCACUCUUCUGCGCCGUCCUCGCCGUCCUCGCGCUUGCAGAGCGGCUCGAGUGGCUCGAGCGGCGGAACGUGACGGUCGCUCCUCGCGGAGCUUUGUGAAGACUUUGGAUGUUCGCUCGUGGAGGAUUGGGAAUCAAGAUCCCAAGGUACCAAUUCCAAGUUUACGUUUGGUCCCUGAUGUUCCGGAGACGAAGGUACUGGAAUUUCAAAAACAUGGUGUUGUUCUGCUACGUGGUGUGCUGCACGAGUGGGUGCCUUAUUUGAAGGAGGUGAGUAUGAAGCAAAUGGAAGAACCACAGAUCACUGCAAUGCUGACGGGUUUGCGCACCUUUUUCUCAAUGGAUUAUGUCCAGGCCGGGCUCUUCUUGACGAACGAAGGCUUUUGGAACUUCUGGACAUCUUCUGGUGGACGCACCGUCGGACGUCUCGCAGCACAACUGCAAGGGCUGGAAGAAAUCGAAAGCGAGGUGCGGCUCAUCGUGGACCAACUCAAUGUGAACCCGCAUCAGCCCAUGUUCACAGAGCCCGACACCUUUCACACCGAUGUCGGUGUGAUUUCAGCGGUGGCACGGGAGCAAGAUGUGGUGAGAUGUUGGAUUCCAUUGCAGAAGCUCAAAAGUGGAAGUGGCGAAGAGGCACUUGGAACCUUAGAGUUUCAAGUCAAUGGCCAACGGUUGCGCUUUGACGAUGUGGAAGAGGGAGAUGUGGUGAUGUUUACUCCAACUAUUCCUCACCGCGUCCUCUUCCCUCCAGAGGGAGAAACCUAUGCACGAGAUAGGCCUGUGAUCAUUGCAUCCCUCCACACUUCCAGUGGUGGACAACAUGAGGUUGCAGUGCCAGAAUUCCCGCGAAUCUUCCCAGAGUGCGACCAGAGUGAAGUCCAAGCGCGAGCUGACGGAAGGCUUUACAAGGACUUGGAGCGGUACUUUCGGCUCUGGGGAAAACCCAGCACCUUACUGGAUGAGUGGAUGCAGUUCAUCACCUACGAAGAAAAAAUGAGAGAACUUCGAAUCAUCAUGGAGACUAUAUCAGAGAGUCUUUGUGGUCGAAUCUUUUGCACUGUCUAUCAGAGUUUCAGAAUGUUUCGGCAACAGCUUGAGGUGGAGGGCUCCCAAAUGAUCCACGAGCAGUUCAGCGCGUGCAACGAGCUACGGCCGAAGCUUGAAACAGCGGCAGAGAUCGUCGUGGACCAGGACGAUGGGAUGACCCUUUUCAGCCAGAUCACCACUGUGCUGGAAAGGCUGGAGAAUAUGGAGAGAGAAUGGAAGACUCGGAAGCCGACGACCGCAGCCGCAGCGCCUUCCGCGCCUUCGGUGCCUUCCGCGGUCUCGGCGUCCCCGAAGCUCGGCCCCGCGACGGUGUCUCCGUCUCCGAAGGCGUCUCCUUCGGAAAAGAGAGAGACGAAGGCUUCGUCGUCUCCGAAGGAUCGAAGCGAUCGGAGAGAAAGCGAGGACUUUGCAACUUUUGCGGCUUGGCCUGGUGCAUUUGAACAAAGCACAAGUGGGAACGGUCUGAACUCUGGAACCGGUGAUUUCGCUGCUCCUUGGAGUGCUCCUUGGGGUGAAGAUGCAGCUCCUAGUGUUCCUAGUGCUGAGUGGCCGGCCUUCGAUGCGGUCAGCACGGGCACGGCUCCGGCGGGUCCGGCGGGUCCUUUUCCCAAUUCCUUUGACGCGUGGCCCGAAGCGAAGCCUGAGGGAAUGCCGCCGCCGAUGCCGCCUAUGCCGAUGCAUGCCAGGGAUUUAGUCCGCACGAUGCCAAUGCAGCUUCAUAUCCGAUGUUCUAUCUCUGACUUGGAGGAAGUGGACCGAGAUCAGGAUCGCUUCAAGCAACAAUUUGUCCGGGCUGCUGCCAAAGCUGCAGGUGUACCUGAAAACCGAAUCCGAGUUAAGCAGAUCAUGAACCAUUGA